UGUUUCCAGGCUCAUGAGCGCUCCGAGAGCUCCGAAGUGGCCUUCGUCACCCAACUUGUCAAGAAAUUGAUGAUUGUCAUCGCCCGUCCUGCUCGCCUCCUGGAGUGUCUGGAAUUUGACCCAGAAGAAUUCUAUCACCUUUUGGAAGCUGCUGAAGGUCAUGCCAAGGAAGGAGAGGGCAUCAAAUCGGACAUUCCCCGCUACAUCAUCAGUCAGCUGGGGCUCAAUAGGGAUCCCUUGGAGGAAAUGGCCCAGCUGAACAGCUAUGACAGUAGCAACGCUGACACUCCGGAGACUGACGACUCAGUAGAGGGUCGCAGCACCGCGCCUGUAAUUCAGCCAAAGAAAACGCCAUCUGAGGAAGAGUUCGAGAACAUCAAACUGAUCAGCAACGGGGCUUAUGGGGCGGUGUAUCUGGUACGGCACAAGGGCACACGGCAGCGGUUCGCCAUGAAGAAGAUCAACAAGCAGAAUUUAAUUUUGAGGAACCAAAUCCAGCAGGCCUUUGUGGAGAGGGACAUCCUGACCUUUGCCGAGAACCCCUUUGUGGUCAGCAUGUUCUGCUCGUUCGAGACGAAGCGCCACUUGUGUAUGGUGAUGGAGUACGUAGAAGGGGGUGAUUGCGCUACGCUCCUGAAGAAUAUCGGAGCCCUCCCUGUGGAAAUGGCCAGGAUGUAUUUUGCAGAAACAGUUCUUGCGUUAGAAUAUCUCCAUAACUACGGGAUCGUCCACCGAGAUCUCAAGCCGGAUAACCUCCUCAUCACCUCCAUGGGGCACAUCAAGCUGACAGAUUUUGGACUUUCUAAGAUUGGGCUGAUGAGCUUAACGACCAUGUGUGGCACCCCAGAAUACAUUGCUCCAGAGGUCAUCCUGAGGCAGGGCUAUGGGAAGCCUGUGGACUGGUGGGCAAUGGGUGUCAUUCUUUAUGAAUUUUUGGUGGGCUGUGUUCCCCCUUCUUUGGAGACACCCCAGAAGAGCUGUUUGGACAGGUGAUCAGCGAUGAGAUUGCCUGGCCAGAUGGAGAAGAGGCUCUGCCAGCCGAUGCCCAGGAUCUCAUCUCCAGACUUCUCCGCCAAAACCCCCUGGAACGAAUGGGUACAGGUGGAGCCUAUGAGGUGAAGCAGCACAGAUUCUUCAAGGAUCUGGACUGGAACGGGCUGCUGCGACAGAAAGCCGAGUUCAUUCCACAGCUGGAAUCUGAGGAUGACACCAGUUACUUUGACACUCGCUCAGAGAGGUAUCAGCAUUUGGACUCGGAGGAGGAGGAUGACACAAAUGAUGAGGAACGCUUGGAGAUCAAACAAUUCUCUUCCUGUUCUCCCAGAUACAGCAAGGUGUACAGCAGCAUGGAGCGCCUGUCCAUUCAUGAAGAGAAGACCCCCCCACCUACAAAGCGCAGCCUCAGCGAGGAGAAGGACGACAAGUUGGACAGCUUAGGGGGGCUGAGGAACAGAGACCGAAGCUGGAUCAUCGGAUCGCCAGAAAUUCUCCGGAAACGUCUCUCUGCCUCAGAGUCAUCCCACACUGAGAGCGACUCCAGCCCUCCGCUGACGGUGCGCAGACGCUGCUCCACGCUGGUCGACAUGCCGCGUUUUGCUAUCUCCACUGAAGAGGAACUCCGCUUACAGAAGAAAGCAACGCACCAUGAAACUUCUUCAACGCCGACUUCCUUCUCCCAAGAGGGAGGGCUGCGCAACCUGUGGAGCGAGAACUGAAACUGGAUGAAGAUCUCGGACCGAAUACUCCAUCCUCUACCAGCAGUAACAUCAGCAGCUCCACCACACUGACCGCAGGCAGCACGACCGACUUCUCUGAUCAGAGCGCGCACAUCGCCGGCUCGGACUCCUCUGACGUCACCACCCGAAGGCCAUCAGUGACCUGGCGGUAAGGAGAGCGCGUCACCGGCUACUGUCUGGGGACUCUGGAGAGAAACGCCCUUCCCGGCCUGUCAAUAAAGUCAUCAAAUCUGCUUCUGCCACGGCGUUGUCCCUAAUGAUCCCCUCCGAUCAUCACAUGUGCUCUCCUCUGGCCAGUCCAAUGUCCCCCCGCUCUCUGUCCUCCAACCCAUCAUCGCGGGAUUCCUCCCCGAGCCGUGACUUCUCCCCCGCCGUCUCCCACCUCAAGCCACCGAUUCUCAUUCACCGUGCCGGGAAGAAGUACGGCUUCACCCUCAGAGCCAUUCGAGUGUACAUGGGGGAGAGCGACGUCUACACCGUACAUCACAUGGUCUGGCACGUGGAAGAGGACGGUCCUGCACACGAGGCCGGACUGCGAGAAGGUGAUCUCAUCACUCAUGUGAAUGGAGAACCUGUCCAUGGAUUGGUCCAUACAGAGGUUGUGGAGCUGAUCCUGAAGAGCGGGAAUAAAGUCUCCAUAUCCACCACUCCCUUUGAGAACACUUCGAUAAAAGUCGGUCCGGCGCGGAAGCCAAGUCACAAGUCUAAGAUGGCGCGCCGCAACAAGAAGAGUAAAAGCAAAGAUGGCAAGAGAGUAAAAAGAAAAGUUCGCUGUUUCGGAAGAUCACAAAGCAAGCGUCGCUUCUGCACACCAGCCGCAGCCUGUCUUCCCUGAACCGCUCGCUGUCGUCGGGGGAGAGUGUACCGGGAUCUCCGACUCACGUUCUGUCCCCGCGAUCCCCGACCCAGAGCUACCGCUCCACGCCAGACUCCGCCCACUCAGUUGGAGGGAACUCCUCCCAGAGCAGUUCUCCGAGCUCCAGCGUUCCCAAUUCCCCAGCCAGCUCUGGACACAUCCGGCCCAGCUCUCUGCAUGGUCUGGCACCAAAGCUUCAACGGCAAUACCGCUCUCCUCGGAGAAAAUCUGCAGGGAAUAUACCACUGUCCCCUCUGGCACAUACACCGUCCCCCACGUCGCAGUCCACCUCGCCCCAGCGCUCUCCCUCACCUCUGCCUGGGCACGGCUUGGGGAACUGCAACCUCAUGCAAUCCUUCCCUGUGAAGCUGCAUUCUUCUCCGCCCCUGGUCCGCCAGAUCUCCCGACCCAAGAGCGCCGAGCCUCCCCGUUCUCCGCUGCUGAAGAGGGUCCAGUCUGCCGAGAAGUUGUCGGGCUCGCUGUCCUCGGAGAAGAAGCUGGCUUCCUCCCGUAAACACAGUCUGGACAUCUCUCACUCCGACUUCAAGAAGGAGAUCAUGCAGCGAGACCUGAGCCUGCAGUGCCUGCCCGAAUCCCUGAGCGAGAGCACCGGAGGGAAGGUGGGGAUCGCAGAGAAGGGGACGCUGCAGAAGCCAUCGUCGCGGAAGCUCGGUGCCAUUCGCCAGGACAGGGUGGAGAGGAGGGAGUCUCUGCAGAAACAGGAGGCUAUUCGAGAAGUGGAUUCUUCUGAGGACGAGACGGAUGAUGGCUCGGAGGACAGCCAGGAUGGGAGGAGGAUGUCCUUCAGGACGGACCAGGAUUCUGGUUCUGGAUUUAGCGAUGAGAAAGAUUCCUUCCAAACCCGACGCAAGAGCAGGAGUGACAGCGACUCCUAUCUACUUCUCGUCGCCCGCAGUAGAAGUGAACCAAAAGCUCCCUGUGGCCUCACCCCCAACGCCUCCUGUCCCAAGUUGUCAGAGUGUAAGUCCAAAACCCUCCCAGAGACUUACCUGACGUCUGCUGCUCAAACCGCAACUCAAAAGCACAAUACCAGCCUGACCCAUGAAGGUCCGCACGUGCCCACUGAACCACUCCAUGAACUGAGCCGCCAUGACGGUCCUCAGAGUGUGGGAAUGCAGCCUGGUGUUGCUGUCUCCAUAGCCUUGGAUAAGACGGAGGUGCCUGGUUGUCCUCAGGCUGGUGUUCCUGAGAUCGCCCCCACACCACCUACAGCCACUCCACAGACUGACACGGUACACUGCCCCAAUCCUGCCGCCCCGUGCCCCAAUCCUGCCGCCCCGUGCCCCAAUCCUGCCGCCCCGUGCCCCAAUCCUGCCACCCCGUGCCCCAAUCCUGCCGCCCCUUGCCCAGCUGCUAAUGUGCAAUAUGUGACAACUGCCAGUGACCAGGGGCAGCAGAAACCUGGAACGCAAUGCACUUUACUAGAUCCCGCCGAGACCGGGACGGUGCUGGGUGACGGAGCUGCUUCUCCCGCCACAUCGGUGGCCAAAAGUGUCCUGGGACCGGUGAAACUCAUCGUGCCUGGAGCCAAGGAGACCGGCCACCAAUCAGGAGCGCGGGAGAACAAGCAGAAGAGGUCCGAGAUUUCAAGGUCCGAGUCCGUUCAGAGCAUGAAAGCCGUUUAUGCCGAGGGAGCUUUCAGGACAUGCUCUUCUCUGAACGAGUGCACCGCGGCCACUAUUGGCCAGCAGACGGACAGUCAGCCGGUCACAGUGAGCUCAGAGCUCCCCUCCUCCUCCUCUGCAGAGCUC